UCCAUUUCUUUCAAUGCCUAACUUUCCUUAACCGGAUUGGUUUCGAGCACAUGGUACGAGCAGGUCUCAAGAAUGACGGGGAGGGAGAUCUUGCAGAAGAUGAAGGUUAAAGCGGGAUUUGCUUCAUCAUCAGAAACUGGAAAGGGCAAGACCAAGGUCUCUGGCAGAUGUAUUCGACAUGGCUAUCACUUGAUGAAAGGGAAAUCAUAUCAUCCAAUGGAGGACUAUUUGGUGGCAGAAUAUAAGAAAGUUAAUAACUAUGAAUUGGGCUUAUUUGCAAUUUUUGAUGGCCACUUGGGCCAUGCUGUUGCUGAUUAUCUGCGAUCUCAUCUAUUCGAGAACAUAUUGAGAGAGCCUGAAUUUUGGAGUGACAUAGAAAGUGCAAUAAGGAAAGCAUACGAGAGAACUGACAGUAAAAUAUUGGAAAAACAAGCUGAGUUGGGAAGAGGAGGUUCUACCGCAGUUACAGCUAUACUAAUUGAUGGUGUGAAACUUGUGGUAGCUAACAUUGGAGAUUCUCGAGCAGUGAUUUCCAAGAGUGGUGUAGCCAUACAACUUUCUGUUGAUCAUGAACCAAGCAAAGAGCGACAGUUGAUCGAGGGAAAGGGUGGUUUUGUGUCAAACAUUCCUGGCGAUGUGCCGCGUGUGGAUGGACGGCUGGCUGUGGCGAGGGCGUUUGGAGAUCGGAGCUUGAAGGCACACCUCAGUUCUGAGCCAGACGUAGCCGAUGAAAUCAUUGACGAGGAUGCAGAGUUUCUAAUCCUUGCAAGUGAUGGAUUAUGGAAGGUAAUGUCUAACCAAGAGGCAGUGGAUUUCAUAAAAGAUGUAAAGGAUCCUCAAACAGCUGCCAGGAAUCUGACAGAGGAGGCUGUUGCAAGGAAGAGCAAAGAUGACAUUUCUUGUAUUGUAGUUAGGUUUAACUAAUGUUUCAGAACAUAUAAGUUUGAACAUUUGGGGCAAUAUGGGUUUGUAUGAUAUGGUAUAUGAAAAUAUGGAGUGCAAUCUCAAUAAAAUUGUAUUUGAUCUUCCCAUCUCUAA